CUUUUAGACCAGGGCUAGGGAACUCCGCUUCCUCGAGAAACAUCUCCUGCCUUUUUUCGAUCCCUCCCUACGCCAACACACCUGAUUCAAUUGGCCAGGAUCAUUUCAGGCUUCUCUAGAGCUUGCUGAUGAGCUGCUCGUUUGAAUCUCCUCCUUUCUGAGCCUCGAUCAGACGGAUUUCACACGCAACACCGUCCGGACUUGAAGCCCGAGGAGAGAGACAUCAUUGAAACUGAGCCAGGUGUCAAUGACACUUGACCACGCCCCCUCCGCUGCCAUUGGCCGACAGGCUGCGUCAAUGUCAGAGUUCGCCGCUUCACAAAUCACUUUUUCGCCCCGGAGUCAAGUGGAGAAGUCGCCAUCCUCACGCGGCCAUGUUGUCCAUCCCGGAGCUGAUCAGGAAGAAGCGGGACGGCCGCAGGCUGAGCGAUGGUGACAUUAAAGCCUUCGUGGAGGCGCUGACCAGCGGAAGCAUCCAGGACUGCCAGACAGGCGCCAUGCUGAUGGCCAUCUGGCAGCGGGGCAUGGACCCGCGGGAGACGGCCACGCUGACCAAAGAGAUGAUGCUGUCGGGAGAAGUGAUGUCGUGGCCCGAGGAGUGGGCGGGGCUUAUGGUGGACAAGCACUCCACCGGCGGCGUGGGUGACAAAGUCAGCCUGGUCCUGGCGCCCGCGUUGGCCGCCUGCGGCUGCAAGGUACCAAUGAUCAGUGGGCGGGGCCUGGCCCACACCGGAGGAACACUGGACAAACUGGAGUCCAUCCCCGGUUUUAACAUCCACCACUCAGCUGAGCAGGUGCGAGCCAUCCUGAGCAGCGUGGGCUGUUGCAUCGUGGGCCAGACGGAGAGGCUGGUCCCCGCCGACCGCAUCCUCUACGCCACGCGCGACAUCACCGGCACGGUGGACAGCCUGCCGCUCAUCACGGGCUCCAUCAUCUCCAAGAAAGGCGCCGAGUCGCUGACGGCGCUGGUUCUGGACGUCAAGUUCGGCCGGGCGGCUCUCUUCAAAGACUUGGGCGGCGCCAGGGAGCUGGCGCGUCUCCUGGUGACGGCGGGCAACGACCUGGGCAUGCGCACGGGCGCCGUGUUGAGCCGCAUGGACGCCGUGAUCGGUCGCGCCGUGGGCAACAGUCUGGAAGUCAUCGAGGCCCUCGACCUGCUCAAGGGGGACGGCCCACAAGACCUCAUGGAGCUCGUCGCCACGCUGGGCGGCCUCCUGCUGGCCAUGACCGGUAUGGCGGCCGACCAAUCGGAAGGCAGGCGGCAGAUUUCCCAGGCUGUGAUUGGUGGGGCCGCUCUUCUCAAGUUCCAGGCCAUGAUGGAGGCGCAGGGCGUCGCCAAGGAGACUGCGAGGACGCUUUGCUCCGCCCACGCCGAUUACUUCAAUGUUCUGAAGAAAGCCGAGCAUCAACUCGACCUGACCGCUAGCCGUGACGGCGUGCUGAUAGACGUGGACGGUCUGACUUUAGCGGAAGUGGUUCAUAAGUUAGGGGCAGGGCGUUGCAAGGCCGGACAGCCUGUCAAUCACAGUGUGGGGGCGCAGCUACUGCUCUCCCUCGGCCAGAAAAUCACCAGAGGCACUCCCUGGCUGCGAGUCCACUAUGAGCAGCCGGCGCCCAGUCCAGACCAGAUCGAGCGACUGCAGAGCGCUCUCGUCCUGGGAUCGGACGCCGAUUGGCAGAAGCAAAGUUUAGUGCAAGAAGUGAUGCUCCCCGAUUGACGCGUGUCAUUGAACCUGAGGUCUCAUUUUAGGUGCCACCUUUGCAGAGGGCCAAAUCAUAAUGAUGACAACGUGAUCUUUGUGCUCGAGGGCCACAUUUUCAAAAUGAGCACAUGGGGCGCCUUAGGGAAAAAAAGGGCGUUCAAAUGGUGAUUUCAAAUGAUUUUAAAAAAGGAAUAUUUUCCUUUUUAUCAUUCAUUCAGAAUUAAGCUAAAACUAAUCUCAAAUGUCGACUACAAGGUUCCUCCAAAAGUCUCAAAUAAUUUUCCUCAACAUUGUUUUGCUAAAUUUUAGAAAACUAAGUUGGUUUCAAUAAGUCAUUCUCAUUUGUAUUACUCACGCAUAAAUGAACUUCCAAAUAACUGUGAUGAUGUAUAUCUGAACUCAUUUCUUUACAAUCACUCCUACACAAUACAACUACACGUUUGGGUAAUUUCAUGAGGGAU